AUGACGUUUCGGUUUUUGUUAAUGAUGAGCCGCCACGGCAAAGUCCGUGUAGCAAAGUGGUUCGAAUCUUUCACCCAGGCGGAAAAGCAACGCAUCAUUCGAGACAUGAUGAACCUGGUGCUGCUGCGAGAUCCCAACUGGUCCAAUGUAGUCGACUACUACAACGCCGUAGCGGGCCAGCGUGCGGCCUCCUCCAAAACAAACGGCGUGCAGCCAACGGUGUCGGACGCUGUUCGGCUCCAUACAACGGGACAGUACAGAGAUCGCCUCGUCUACCGCCGGUAUGCGGCCCUGUACAUCAUACUCUGUAUAGAUGCAGAGUCUUUGGCGACCGGAGAGGCUAAUGAGCUGCUCGCCCUCGAUAUGAUCCACUUGCUCGUCGAGUGUCUCGAUCGGUAUUUUGGGAACGUCUGCGAGCUAGACCUCAUAUUCAACUUUCCGAACGUGUAUCAAAUCAUAGAUGAUAUGUUCAUGGCUGGUGAAUUCCAAGAGAGCAGUCGCGAUGUGAUCCUGCACAGCAUCCGAACGAGCGAUAGUAUGGCAGGUCAGGAGCGCGAUGAAAAGCACCGGGCGUAA